ACGAGUUUGAAACACAAAAGUUAGUUUUGAAUUGAACACUCACAAGAACUCAACUUACUACGUCUAUAUAUUUUUUUAACAUAAUUUAAGGUAUUGCAAAGAAACCGAGAUUCAUUGUAAUAACUUGGAAUAUUUCAAACCUAAUGAGUUUAAAGUUGUAUAAAAGACGAAAGGUGGGAGUAGAGUCUAACAAAGACUCGUGAUUUGCUUGCGUCUUACAGCGUAGAACAGCCGAGUUCUAGUGCGAACGUCUGGGCAACCUAGACGAUGGCAGCAGUAUUUGGGAGUUAGGCUUAUCUUGUUACCUGCAAAGAUAAACAUUUCGAGAAUGGAAGUGGAGUCAUUCUAUAGUGACUGUUCUUUGGAGCAGACCGAAUGUACAAUAAACAAUAGAACAAUGGCCACAAAUAAGGAACCAAGAAUUUUCAAGAUAAAAUUUGAGAUGGACUAUGCUCCAUGUGAACUAAAGGCCCAUGUUAUGAUUCCACCACAUGCUCUUAAGCGGGAAGUGAUCAACAAUGAUUCCCGUGUAUCUAGAUCCUUUGGAUCCAUACAAAAAGUUCCAUCUCUGAGUGAUAUUUAUCGAGAAAGUUCGCUGGAUAUUCCCACCCAGGUGCCGCCACUGACUCCAGGGACCAAUCAAAAAAUGACCCAAGCACUCACAGCGAGCUUUGGCAACUGGGAAAAAGAGCGACAGAAAUUCUCAAUUCCCAAAGACCCACGAGAAUGGAAUGAAAUUAAUGUCACACAGUGGUUGAGUUGGGCAGUUCAAGAAUUCAGUUUGGAAGGAGUUAAUCUGCAUAUUUUUAAAAUGAAAGGGCUAGAUAUGUGUGCUCUUGGUAAAGAAUCCUUUCUAGCACGUGCUCCACCGUUCAUGGGUGAUAUAUUGUGGGAACAUUUAGACUUAUUACAGAAAGCCGUGGAUAAAGAAAGAGCAUCCUUGGAAAACGUUCCUUCCAAUCUGUACGAGUCGGUAUGCAUGCCAGACUUUGACGAAUUUUUCAAUCAAGGGGGUACUUACCCGUUACCAGAACCCAAGGUCAUCUCUGUCAUGAACGGUACUGGACCUGGGACCCCGAUUCCCAAUGGCCAACCGUAUGUAGAGG